AUGGCCUCUAGUAAUCAGCAACCAGUGCAGACUGGCUCCCAGUCCAGUGGCCAACACAGGACAAUCCUGACCUCAAGUUUUGGCCAGCAGUCAGUUCAAGCCAGUUACCAGUCUUUUUCCCAGCCCAGUAGCCCAUUGUCAGCACAAACCAGGUACCAGGAUGUGUCCCAGCCUAGUGGACAACCAGGAAAAGCUCUUUACCAGGCUCCAUCACAACCCAGCGGCCUGCAGUCAGUACAAGCCGGCUACCAGUCAGCUAAAGCUCAUUACCAAUCUGUGUUCCAGCCCAGUAGCCUGCAGUUAGCACAAGCUCGCUACCAGUCUGAGUACCAGCCCAGCAUUGAACAACCAGGACAGGCUCAUUACCAGACUGUGUUACAACCAAGUGGCCUGCAGUCAGCACACAGCAGCUACCAGUCAGCUAAAGCCCGUCAUCAGUCUGUGUCCCAGCCAAGUGGCUUGCAAUCCGCACAAGCCAGCUACCAGUCAGUGCACUCCAGGUUUCAGGCACCAAUUUAUAAGCCCACAUCUCAGUUGGCCCACACUGGGUUUCAGCUCUCUAUGCCAGAAGAGUCAAGUUUCCAGUCUCUCUUCAGUCUUGAUUCCCAGCCCCUGGAGCAACUGUUUAGAGACCAGGACAAAGAUCCCUCUGGUCAAAAGUAA